AAGUGCAGAAAGAGAUUGUGCUAUUUGUGCUGGUAAAAUUCUGCUCUUCGAAGUUUUUAACUGAUAAUGGCAUUUGCAUAAUAAAGAAGUAUUUUCAUUGAAGUUGUUUGCCCAUUUUUCUCUCACUAAUUUGUCCUGUGCUCAGUAAUAAUGGCUACCUCAAAAACUACAAACACCUACAACAGACAGAAUUGGGAGGAUGCUGACUUUCCCGUACUCUGCCAAACUUGUUUGGGUGACAAUCCUUACAUUAGAAUGACUAAAGAAAAAUAUGGCAAAGAAUGCAAGAUUUGUUCUCGCCCUUUCACUGUAUUCCGAUGGUGUCCUGGUGCAAGAAUGCGUUUUAAGAAAACAGAAGUCUGCCAAACAUGUAGUAAACUAAAAAAUGUGUGUCAGACUUGCUUGCUAGACUUGGAAUAUGGUCUGCCCAUUCAAGUCAGAGAUGCUGCCUUGAAAUUGAAAGAUGAUUUGCCCAAGAGUGAUGUUAAUAAGGAGUAUUACAUACAAAACAUGGAAAGAGAGCUUUCCAGAUCUGAUCCUGAUGCAGUUCAAGGAAAAAUGAGUGAACCUAAUGAUCUUUUAAUGCGCCUGGCAAGGACUGCACCAUAUUACAAGAGAAACAGGCCACAUGUGUGUUCUUUUUGGGUAAAAGGGGAAUGCAGGAGAGGGGAAGAAUGCCCUUACAGGCAUGAGAAACCUACUGAUCCUGAUGAUCCACUGGCAGAUCAGAAUAUCAAAGACCGUUAUUAUGGUGUCAAUGAUCCAGUAGCAGAUAAACUUCUCAAAAGGGCAGCAGCAAUGCCUGCACUACCACCUCCUGAUGACAAGACUAUUACCACCCUGUAUUUAGGUAAUCUGGGAAGUUUGGCAGAACAGGAUAUAAGGGACCACUUCUAUCAAUACGGCGAGAUCCGCUCCAUCAGCCUCGUCCCCAAGCAGCAAUGCGCCUUCGUGCAGUACACCACGCGUUCCGCGGCCGAGCAGGCCGCCGAGAAGACCUUCAACAAGCUCAUCCUAGGCGGGCGCCGACUCACCAUCAAGUGGGGCAGGUCGCAGGGCAGAACGGGGCAGCCGGCAGUCGGCCACCUCGCCGAAAGCUACGAGCCGGUGCCUGGGUUGCCCGGCGCGCUGCCCGAGCUCAGCAACAACUUCUUCAACUUGGAGCCGGGGCACAUCCCGCUGCCGCCGCCCUCGCUCAUGGUGCCGCCCAUCUUUGCGCCGCCGCCCAUGCCGCCCUUCUUUUUCAACGCUCCGCAGAUGCCGUUCGCGGCGCCAGCGGCGGCGGGCAGCAGCGCGGCGGAGCAGAAGCCGGCGGUCGUGCACUAUCCGAGUCAGGAUCCGAGUCGGUUAGGAGCCACGCAGAAGAUUCAAGAAUGAUUUGACAACUCUUUUGUGUAUCUAUUAAGUCCUAAUAUAUCAAUUGAUACUG